AUGGAAAGCCAGCAGACCAUGUUUUAUGAUGGUAGUCUUGCCGUACGGGUGAUCGCGGUUGUUUUGGUGGGCGGCGUCCUGAUUAAUCUGUUAUUAAAGGCUUUCUUCGGCCUUUCGGUGGCGUAUAUCAAUCCAUUUACGCUUAAAAUCCAUGGAAUUGGCUAUCGAGAUGCAUUAAAGAUAGAUUCAAUACGAUUUUUACCCUUGGAUAAGCGUGUGGUUGUACGUGGACUGACUAUUCGUGCUGUUCCGGCUUCGCAGAAGUCCUCUCAACCCAAGAGUCCAUGGUUAAAGCGAUACUAUAGUUUUAUGAUGCGGGUGGUUGAUGGCCUAAAAGUUAGCUUCUUUGACGUGAAUGUGGAGCCCGCCAAUAUUACGUUUGCAACCCUCGAAGUCACUUUCAAAGCUCCUAAGGUGCAAAAUCUCUUUAUUGCGAAUCUUAUUAUGGUGCAAUUCGGUUGGAAAGGUCAAAUUCUAUGCGAGGACGCUUCUUUUACUUCGAAAUGCGAAGUGAUAUCGCAGGAUAUUGGGCACAAGUUCCCGUUACGGGACUUGAGUCUGGAUCUUAAAGUAGGGGAUCUAACGGUUCCAAUGGACGUUUUGAGUCGAUUACAGGUGGAGAAAGGUAAGAAAAACAUGGUACAGGAUGCCCUUAACUUAGAAGACCAAAUCAAAAUCGCUACGGAUAAUUUGCUCUCCAUAAUUGGGCAGGUUCGUCAUUCAUUGCAUCCAGUGGCACGGUUGACCGCUUCUGUAGAUAAAAUCACGGUCGAUCAUGUCCCAAUGACUACACACCCUGAUUUGAUGGAAUUGAAUCAAUUUCUGAGUCUGAACCUGUUUGCAGAAAAUCUGUCAUUCAAUGCUGUAAGAUUUGAGAAACAUAUGCCUGGUUUCAAAUUACUGUUUCAGGACGAAGACACUCCUUUCAAGUUUAACAUCACGAUGACAGGGUUUUGCAUCUCGAUGAACAUGAGAGGCAAAUGUGCAAAGGGUGGACAACAGACCCUAAAGAUGUGCGAGAUUCCCAACGUGUCCAUCUUUGGCUCGACGAACCUAAUCUCUCAAAAGUUUGACUAUGAGAGGAUUAGUGAGUUGCAAAAUGCCAUUUGUACCAUCAAGGGUCACAUAUCAUCACCUACUGUCGAUAUAGAUGUUGACCAUCUAUCGCUUUUCAAAUGUUUUAAGAAGAACAUCAAGGUCUUCUCAAGUACUUUGGUUGCACCCGAGUGUUCACACGAGAGCAAAUCGUAUUCUGCGUUGGUGGUGAGGAAAAAAGUCUUGCUCAACUAUUUCAAAUCGUUACUGCCAUUAAUCAGUGUCAAACUGACUCUGGAAGAUCCUCGUGUGAUCAUUAGCGACCAAGGUGAUUUUAUGAUGCACAAAUUGUCAGCACUAAUGCUCGACUACAAUACAGAGAGAUUUAUGAAAGAAGGUGCUGAAAAGGGCAGUGAAGCGCACUACGGCGUUAAUUGCAAUAUCGAGAUGCUUGCCUUUAAAUCACAGCAUGUAAUGAGGAAGAAGGACUACAAGGGACCUAUCUUAGCCAUUGAUAAUAUUGGCAUUAAAAAUCAAGUUGAUUUGGUGCCCGAACCGGUAAUCGCCGUGAAAGUAAACGUUGAUACGUUUAAAGUCGACCUUUCGGAGUUACCGACUAUGAUCAUGAUGAAUAACAUUAUCAAGAAACUUGACUCAAGAGUUUUAGACGUGGAGGAAAACUACUUCAUGAGCUAUUACGAAAAGUUUGCUGAGAGGCUGAAAAAUACUGAAGCUGAGUGCUCUAAGAUUGGGGAGAGCUUGAAGUGUCAACAAAUGCUGCCUAGCGAGCUAAUGUUCAGGAGGUUACCUGAUUUUUUGGAUUACGUCAAGAUCGAUCUAAGAAACGUUUCUUUCAUGUUGGGGGCAAGAUCGGUAUUCAUGCCUCCCUGCGUCUUUUCCAAUAUUGAUUCUCAAAGUCCUGAGGAUUUAGUUGAUAACAAGUUGAGAAAAUAUUUCCAUGAGACUGAUAAGAUCCAAAUUGCUUUGUUCGGGAACAAGACACAAUGGCAUAGCAAGAUCGAAACGGGAAGGACCACUAUGGUGCAAUCGGGACAGUCCAGUGACUAUGAUCGUCUCCAUGAUCAAGCGCUUGAUGAUAUCUCAACUAGUGAUGAGACAGAAAUUGAACAUCAGUGGAAUUUUAAUAUUUUGAUUAAUGAGAUGUCAUCUACAAUUGUUUGCGAAACUCCUAAUGCCCCAAAUACGUUGUCAACUAAGGCUAUUUCAAAGGUUUCGGUGAUGUCAAUUAAAGUAUUUCCAGACGUUUCCUCCUUCGAACCUCAAGAGGAGCGAAGAAUAAUAGUCCAAAUUGACAAUAAGAGAGCAAAGUCCGUCAUUUCUAUUAUGAACAUCUUUCUCGUCAUCUCGGGUAUCCAUACACUGAAACUGAUUUUUGGUCGUGAUGUCUGCUCUCAUAAUCGCGAAUCCCUGGCGAAGAAACACUUCAUGGCCGUCUCUUUAACCAGAAGAAAGAGGUUCUACCAUUACAUCAGCUGGAAAGAGCUGAAGAGUAUCGUGCAGUUCAACUUCUCAUCAGAAGUCAUGAGCCAAAUAUUCGUACUACCUAAUGGACUGACGGCGAGGGUUCAGACUUCUUCGAUAUUCAUGACCAUCAAGAACUUCUCAGACAUAGCCAUGAAUGGUUCCAAUUUCCGACUCUGUGUUGAAUCACCACUAUUUCCAAACUAUUGGGUCCGUCUCAUUACCGUUUUGCGAUUUCGCAUACUCGCGGAUAUCCAUCAAACAAUAGAUCAGAUGAAAAGUGACUCCGAUAAGUUCGAUUCCCUUCCACCAGCAAUUGUUCUUGAAAAUGAGACGUGGCAUUUCAGUAUACCUCAUAAGUUCGAACUCUACACCCUUGUUGACAAUAUUCCAACAUUUUACAAAUCGAUGAAGCAAAUUAUUCAUAGUUUCAAGACUUCGAAGGAUGAUUGCGUCAUCUACCCUCAUCCAGUUAAGACACCAUCUCUCCCUAAAAUCAAUCUCAAAUCAAAAAGAGUGUUAUUCAGCAUUGAUGACGAUCCUUUUGAGGCAGAAAUUAGUAUGAUAUGUCAAAUAGGUCUGGAAGAGCAAAAAUCUAGAUUAGCCAAGUUAGAAGAAUUCGAAAAGCGUACUGCUGCAGACUUGCUAAAACGAAACAAGUCGAGAUUGUCCAAAACUCAGACAAUGGCUCCAUAUAAGGCUUGUGAGCUAAUGCAAGCUGUUCAUGCUAUCAAGAGAAAGUUUAGAUUGAAAAGAAGUGCCAGCGUUACUAAUCUAGGUGACAAACGAGUAAACUCGGAGGAUGCCAAACCUGAUGACCUAAAUGAAGAUGAGAAUCUUAUCCCACCUGAAAUCGAGGAAGCUUAUCACCGUCUGCUCGAAAACGCUUCAACAUCUUGGAUCAGAAGAAUAAAAGAAUAUAAACAGAAAGAGAAGCAAACUUUUGAAAACAACUUCGCCUUCCUAUGGGGUGACGUUAACUACUCCGCAUUGCCUGAAGUAUUCAACCAUAAAGUCCUUCCAUUCGACACGCACCCCUUCUUGACCAACUUGAUUAUCGAGGGUGUCGAUAUCGAUGUGUUUCGGCCGUCAUUUGGUACAGAGGGAGUUCCAAAUUUCAUCCACGACGUUGGCAAAGGUGUCCCCAAAAGUAGUCAGUAUUCGAUAAUGAUUCCCAUGUAUCUCGACGCGAAGUUCAAAGAAAUACGAUGGCACUUGAAAGAUUACCCAUUACCGAUGGUGUACAUUCCACGAUUAGGCAAAUCUCAGACUGAUAAUGGAAAGAACAUCCAAAUUCAUGGUAACUUGAUACUCGCAGAGGAUAUGAUCCAAUCAAAAAAGGAAAUAAGACGAAUAUUUGUGCCUCUCGUCCCAUCCCUAACAAAGGAAGGUGAUGAAUACUACUCACUCAUGGUUCCGAGAACUUUGACAACUCCCAAGAUUUUUACAGAUUUGCGAUUUGAUAUAAACUCCAAUGGCACCACUCAAGUGACCUGGGGAGGUGGGUAUCAACCUGCGAUCCAACAAACAAUGCAAUGCCUCGAUAACUUCUCGAAACCUCCAAUCGAUCCUUCUCCUAAAAUAGGUUUCUGGGACAAAAUGAGGUACAUUUUUCAUGCUCGAGUAAAAGUUUCAUGGAAAGAGAAGGGAAAGUUCGAAGUUUGCUUGAAAGGUGGAAGGAGCCCACAUAAGAUUGGACAAGAUGCUGCGGGAUUCAUUAUUGGAUUCUCCGAUGAUGUUGUGCUCAAUUGCAACGAAAGUGACGAUCCACUGAAUUUUCUUUCUUGCACGGCCGAGAAGGUUCAUUUUAGCAUACCGAACCAUUUCGCGAAGCCUUUGUUAGUUUGGUGUCAACCAUCUGACCAAACUGUCUUUAUCCCUAGCCACAGUAACACCAAUCUUCAACAAUAUGCUUCCUUCUAUUAUAUGCUGGAUUUGGAAAAAUCACGAAGGCACGCAUCAGAGGCUGCUGCUAUGCGUUCUCACUACAUCGAAAAAACUGGUAUCAGUUUGGCAGGUGGUAUUGCAUUGAACGUGGGGAUAGUUCUAGAGAGGCUCAAACUAGGAACCAAGGACAGAACAAUUUCUUCUCGGCCCCAUUAUGAUACUAGGCUAUGUAAUCCAAAAGCGGUGGAGGACAAAGGCAGUCACGAUUCAUACGCUGGAUUCAGGAGUGACUUCAUCCAUAUGUCAUUUCUCCUUUUAUCAAAUGGUGUCAAUGCAUACAACAAAAUGCAAUUAAGCCCUGCGGGUUUACAUACCUUCAUGACUUGGUGGAGAUCGUUUGCGGGAGGUCUCCCCGUUAGAAGGGGUCCUUUGUUUGGGCUUCAAAGUAUUAGCCCUAAAUUCGGAGAGCAUUUGUACACCAUAUCAUAUCACGCUGACGUUGCCCCUCUUUACAUAACUCACAUUGCUCAUAGUAUCCACAGCUCUCAUGAGUUGAAGAAAAAUAAUGGGGAGGCUGUGGAGUUUGCAGGGCUGAAAGCUAAGACAGAGCACUUCGUUAUGGAUCUCCAUCAGAGAAAGGAGGUCAUGCUCAAGUACCAAGAAGGACUGGAUAAGACAAAGAAAAUCAUGAAUCUCAAAUUUUUGGAAGGUGAUGUUUCCACGGCGGCUAUCGAUAUUAGAGCUGUGGAGGCUACAUUCAAAAGUGCCAAGUUUGUUGAGGAGAAAGAGGAUUCGAACAUCCAAAUUCCAGAUAAUGACCUGGCUUGGUACGAUCCUACCGAUUUCGAAGAUACUGAUUUUAUUGACAUUGAUAGCUACGUUCCCAAUUUACGGAUGUUAAGACUACUUUAUUCUUGCCAAUUCAAGUACCGAAGGCGUGCCUCGUAUGGUGACAAGUUCCAAGUUGAUCCCAACACGCAUAAGCGCAUAGUUCCUUUCAAGAAUAAUAUAUCACACAAAUGUGUAUUUGGCGAACCGCUAAAAUUACCGUUCAAAGCUCUUCGUGAGAGAAAAGAGCGACUGAUCGAGUACAAGGAUAAGUUGGAGCAAAAGCUGAGUGGGAAUGAUGAUGAAUCAGACGUUACUUUCAUCAAAAGACAUAUAAAGAAGACCAAUACGGCUAUUGAAAAAGUUGAGUUACUGCUCAAAGAUUUUGAAACGCUCAAAAGGAAACAAGACUGUGAGAAUUUUGAGCCAUCUUUCAAUUACCCAAUGAUCAAUAUGGUUCAAAACUCGGUCAUAGCUGCGAACGAAUACGAAAACAGAUACCAUGUUUGUGAAAUGUUAUUAAAGUGGAACGAAGGCACAAGAAAUGCCGUUUUCAAAUACUUACAUUACCUCAGUCUGAGUCGCCAAUUAUCAUCUCUCAGUGAGCAGCAAUGCUCAAAAUUGAUUGAUGAAAUUAUUCGACGCAAAAACGCUCCUGGAGAUACCGAUCGUAACAGUAUCGAUAGUCAGAACAGGGAUGGCUCCCAAUUUGAAGCAGAACUAAACAGGUCGAACGAGGAGAAUUUUAACGAAGUCCUGGAGAAGAUCUUCAAAGAAGGAAUAUCAGAACUGGGUGUUGACAUUGAUUACGAGGUUCAUCAUAAUCACAUAGUCCAUUUCAUAAGUCCUCAAAUUCAGCUGAUCACUGAACAAGAGCCUGAUUCAUGUGUCGUUGUAGCCGCGCCCAGCAUCAUGAUGAAAGUCAUGUCUUUUGGAAACAAAGAAGCUCAAUACAGCGAUGAAGCAUUUCUCAAACGAUACGCGGUACAUUUCAUUAAGGGCAAUGUUUUUCAUUUCCGUAAGGAUGAGUAUCACGUUGAUCGGGAAGGGUUUCACGAAGUAUUCUUUUCACUCAGCGGCUAUGGACAAGAGGAUGAAACUCAGUGGCCACCUUGGCUGAGUCUUGAUCUCUGUUACGACCCAGAGCCCCUAGCUUCUAACGCAGUUGUUAAGGAGCUUUCUGCUGUUUCCUUGUAUGAUAAUGUCUCUCAACGGCCUACCUUGUAUAAUAUGAAUCAGGGGAAAGUAAGAGAUACCUUAAGUGCUUAUGUUCCUUUAAUUGUGGUUGAAUCUAAUUCGGAAAGGUAUAUUACACUCUACAGGCUGGUCACCAACCUUAUUAUGUAUAUGGAGCCCGAAAGUGCAGAACUGCGCAAGCAAAUUGAAAAGCUAACUAUAGGGUUAGAUACAGAGGAUGGAGCUCAGUUAAAUCAAAUGUUAUCAAAGAUUCAAACGAACUUGAAAGUCCUUUCGGCAGUUGAGCAGGAGUUCCUCUACAGGAGGCAUAUCCUCGACUCCGCUGAUACACAGGAAUUUGCGGCCAUUCGUAACGAGAAAGCAGAUCAUUGGCUGCGACUCUAUAUCAUGAUGAGAGUGUUUGGUUCUAAUCAAGGAUGGGCAGCAAACCCAGAUCAUUGUUUGUUGUGGAAUUUCCAUGCCAAGGAAAUCAUACUUCACAUGCUGGAAAGCGAUUCUACUUCAUUCCUGGAUGUUGCGAUUGCCAAACUUCACUUUCAAAGAGAGGAAACAUCCAGUGGCUUUAACAGGAAUAGGGCUACAGUUGAUAUGGCUCAAACCUUUGACCUUCAAAAGGGAGCAACCUAUAAAAGCAUUUUCGGACCUUACUUAUCGACGUCUCUGAAAAGAAGUCAGCAUAGAUCACAAGAUCAACCGCUCAUUGACAUCAAUUGGGCGAUGAAUUCGCCAGUGGGCGGCAUCAAAGUCAUACAGUAUAUUGAGACGAAUUUGGCUGACUUGUCCAUGGCAUUAGAGGAGGAGACAUUGAAGAAAAUCAUUACGUGGUUGUUUCCAACCGAGUUCAAUGCCAAUAUAUCAGGCAAAGACGGAGGCAAAGAAACUGAUGAACCAGAUGAUACCUACGAUCCCGAGCUUACUGAAGACUACGUGAAUUUAGCCGGAGAGAAAAGCCCGGAUUUGCAUGAGAUGGUUCAACGAUCUGUUGAUUUCUUUAUAAUGGAGAAUCUAACUAUCAACAGUUUUCAAUUAUGCAUAAGUUUCCGCGGUAAAGGUGCUAUGCGUAUUGCUAAUGUGACAAACUUCAUCUUCCAUUUCCCACAAUUGACUUUUGAGAACCAGACCAUGCGUAUGAUUGACCUGUUAAUGGAAUUAAAGAAAGUAGUAUUCAAAGAUGUGUUGAAGCAUACGGCAAAGUUUCUCGAAACGAAAGUACGUAAUCGUCCUGAAGAGGCAAGGGAAAGAGAAGUCGCCCCGCUGAGACAGCUUUCUCAUUACAACUCUUACACCAAGAUUGAAGAUAUGCAGGAUGAAAGCUCAAAUAUGCGACGCUUAAGUUAA